AUGAGAUCGUUGGCCUUAACUCCAACAUGGUCAGUUGCAACUGUGUUGACAAUCUUUGUCGUUGUUUCUUUGAUCGUGGAGCGCUCGAUCCAUAGACUAAGUAAUUGGUUGCGGAAUACCCAUCGGAAACCUUUGCUUGCAGCUGUGGAGAAAAUGAAAGAAGAGUUGAUGCUGCUUGGAUUCAUAUCACUUCUUCUAACAGCUACCUCAAGCACCAUAGCCAAUAUUUGCAUUCCAUCAAAGUUCUAUGAUGGUACUUUUGCUCCUUGCACUAGGUCUGAGAUUGAUGAGGAAGCUGAGGAUAAUUCUUCCCAGGGACGUAAACUAUUGAUGCCUACUGUUUUUCCUCAUCCACUUCGAAGAAUGGACAUGAGCCGUUUGUGUCAUAUCAAGAUUCACAGUUGGAGGGUUUGGGAGGAUGUGGCUCAUAUGGACCGCCAUGAUGUAUUAACAGAUGCUCAUGUUUCUUCUUACAUGAAGACAUGUUUCUUCCGGCAAUUUGGGCGAUCAGUGGUUCGCACAGACUACCUUACUCUUCGCAAGGGCUUCAUCAUGAAUCACAACCUCUCAUUGAAAUAUGAUUUUCACAGCUACAUGAUUCGCUCUAUGGAAGAAGAAUUCCAAAGAAUUGUUGGUGUGAGCGGUCCAUUGUGGGGAUUUGUUGUUGCAUUCAUGCUGUUUAAUGUAAAAGGAUCCAAUCUCUAUUUCUGGAUAGCUAUCAUUCCAAUCACUCUUGUCCUUCUGGUGGGUGCAAAGCUACAGCAUGUUAUUGCAACCUUGGCAUUAGAAACUUCUGGCCUAACUGGACACUCUAUGGGAGCGAAGCUGAAGCCUCGAGAUGAUCUUUUCUGGUUCAAGAAGCCUGAACUAUUGUUGUCUUUGAUCCAUUUUAUUCUGUUCCAGUGGCAAUUUGGGUACAGAUCAUGCUUUAUUAGGAACCAUUUGGUUGUGUACGUUCGACUUGUUUUGGGGUUUACUGGGCAGUUCCUCUGCAGCUACAGCACCUUGCCACUAUAUGCACUGGUUACUCAGAUAUACCGCAACUUCCAGAUGGGAACAAACUAUAAGGCGGCAUUAAUUCCACAAAGAAUAAGGGAGACAAUCCAUGGGUGGGGGAAAGCAGCUAGGAGGAAAAGGAGGCAUGGGAUUUACACAGAUGAUUCUACUAUACACACAGACACAAGCACAUUAAUGUCACUUGAGGAAGAUGAUAAUCAGAUGCUUGAUAUUCCUGAGAAUGAUGCUGGUCCAGUCACUCAAAUUGAGUUGCAGCCAGCUUCUUUUAUUUCAGUUAGUCCUGGCCCAGUUGCCGAUGAAACUUCAAGUAGGGCUGGUACUCCUCUCCUUCGACCCUCUGCUUCUGUUUCUUCAUCAGAAAAAUCGAAUUCUCAUGUGGAAGGUAUUCUUAGAUCAUCUUCUAUGCCGGUUAGAAGGUGA